GGGGUGGAUAGGAAAGCCACAGAGCGAAGUCCCUUCCUUUCCUUUUCCGCCUUCACCCUCCAUUCCGUUCCCCACCUUUUGGCAUAAAGUGGGACCCCCCCCCCUUUUUUUUUUUUUGCAUCGCUAAACUGCGACUGGGUGCUUGGAAAGGAGGUGUUGCAAUCCCAGGAAGGGGCGGUUUUUGCAGCAGGAGAAAUGCCUCUGGGUAACAGCCUGUUUGUCUAAAAGCCCCUCAAUGGUCACUGCCAGAGCCUGUGGGAUAGAGUUGUCCUGACGCAAAGGUGGAAGACACACACAAACCCACAGGAUUUCCACCAAACACAGCAAAAGUGGUCUUGAAACAGUGACUUGGCAAUGGGAUAAAGCUUCUCUAUGGCCUCCCGGAAAGCAGUUACAAAGCAGGGUGGUGCCCCGUCGACGCUGAGUCUUCAAUUCCAGGCCCCGCUAGAGCACCGGGUGAAGAUGGAGAAGAAACCAUGCUGCUCCAAACCAGCAGAGGGUGCCCGCAGGGGGCCUCGCGUUGUUCAGGCUGGCAAUGCCAAGGAACUUUUGCACCGGGUGUCGCCACCCCAGAUUAAACAGGAACCGGAUGAGGGGCUGGCCCAGCGCUGGGAAGCCCAGUGGCAGGAGUUCCUGAAGGUCGUGCAGUCUCCUCAGUCAGGAUGGGGGAACUCACAGCUGCCGGACCUAAUGGCUUUCAGUGACCUGAAGGGUUUCCAAACUUCCCGUGGAACAGCCCAGCAGGCCUUUGGCAGGGGAGGCGCCUGGAAAGUGAAGGAAGAAGCUUUGGAAGAAGAGGCCGUCAGCGCAGAAACACAGCGGCAGCGCUUCCGGCAUUUCUCCUACCAGGAGGCCGAGGGGCCACGUGAAGCCUGUGGCCGCCUCCGGGAGCUCUGUCAUCAAUGGCUGAAGCCAGAGCGCCACACCAAGGAGCAGAUCUUGGAGGUGCUGAUCCUGGAGCAAUUCCUUAGCAUCCUGCCACCAGGAAUCCAGGGCUCUGUGAGGGAGCGCGGCCCUGAGACCUGCGCCCAGGCAGUCGCCCUGGCCGAAGGCUUUCUCCUGAGGCAGCAGGAAGCUGAGCGACCGCAGCAGCUGGGCAUUGACUCCUUUGAAGAAGUGACUAUGACUUUCCCAAGGGUGCAGCAGGUCUGUCUGGGGGCUUCUCGGAAGCAAGUGAGCAGCAGGUUGUUGAAUGAACAUCAGAGGCCGACUGUGCGGCCUCAGGACUAUCCUGAACGAGAGGCUCUGUGCGGGACGUCAUUGCAGAAACCCUGCGAGAAUCUGUCUCACGACACCGGGAGAGCUUCCAAGAACCAGCCAAGACCAGAGAGGCAUCAGGGCAUCCACCCUGGGAAAAGAGCAGCCGAGGCCAUCCCCUGCCGGGUAGGCUAUGAGGACCUCAGCAAGAUAAUCUUCCAAGAGAGGAUGCAGGAGAACCAGCGGCAGAAGAGGUGUGUUGUCCUCCGCCGGCGGAUCCACUCUGAAGAGAGGCUCUACAAGUGCCAGGACUGUCGGAAGAGCUUCGACCACCGCUCACACUUCAUCCGACACAAGAAGAUCCAUACGGGGGAGAAGCCCUUUCAGUGCACUGACUGCGGGAAAAGCUUCAACCGUAACUCCAACCUCACCACGCACAUGCGGACCCACACGGGCGAGAAGCCCUACAAAUGCUCGGACUGUGGGAAGAGCUUCCGCUGGAGCUCGGAUUUUAUCGUUCAUGAAAGGACCCAUACCGGCGAGAAGCCGUACAGCUGCGCCGACUGUGGAAAGGCCUUCCGCCGCAGCUCGAACCUCACUGCCCACGAAAGGACCCACCGAGGCGAAAAGCCCUACAAGUGUUUGGACUGUGGGAAGAGCUUCACCCGGGGCUUAUAUCUAAUUGCACACAGGAAAAUGCACACAGGAGAAUGAGCCCAGCGUUCCUGAAAAGCCAAAGGAAAUCUCAUGGCACGACUUUGCAAGCUACUUUUUCCAGAGGGGGGGUGUUGUCAGAUAAACCUCUGAGACCAAGCUUGUAUCCACAGUGGCAAGUCACCCAUCUGUACUAUGUCAGGGUGUGUGCGUAUGUGUGGAUUUACAGGGCUAGUGCAUGCAACCUCCAGGAAUGACAGUCAGCUGUGAAUUCUCCUAUACGUUUCUGUAUGUCAGAUGAACUCCUCCUUAUAAUGGUUAUCUGUGGUGCAGUUCCAGCCUGUGACACAGCCAUACUAGGCAGUCAUCUGCGGGCACUGUUGUUGGGAUGGAAGUGCCUCUUCGGUUAAGGAAACUUCAGCCAUCACUGUAAUUCACAGAAAUGAGGGACUUGCCUUCCUGCAACUGUAUGUUUCACAGUUCUGCCCAAAUGCAUGAUUUAGUGGUAAUAAGGGAGUUUAUCCUAUAAGGCACACACAAAGAAAAA